AUGGAGCCAGAGCAGGUCGCGCACCUCGUGGAAGCCCUGGUCUUCGCGCUGAUGGAGAACGAAACGACGGCCAUCCUGGAGGACGACAUGUUCGGCAGGGCCGUCGCGCUGGCGCAGGACUUUGCGCUGUGCCCAGCAGGAGCGCGCGGCCGCUACGUGGACGCCCUGACGGCGAAUCUGCACACGCUGGCUGCGUCGUGCGGCAGGAACACCGAGGUAGUACCGGGCGCGGGCGAGGCGCAGCUCGCGGCGCAGUACAACGCGCUGAAGGUGUACUGCUUCCUCCUCACGCUUGUCCUGGACGCCGGUGAGCGGCAGCUGUCGAGUCAAGCUGCGCCCGCCGGUCCUGCCCAUAAGAAGGGCUCGAAAUCCUCGAAGAACCGACAGGCGGAGUUCGUCUGGGAGCUGUGGAGGCCUCGGGUGGCGCGCUCCCUGGCGGCUGCCGCGGCGGUGGACCUGUGGGCGCUGAGCAAGCCCUCGAACCCCGACCCGCAGCUGGUCAACCUGCUCAUGAGGGCGGGCGUCAGGCUGCUGGAGACCGCGGCGGCAAUGAAGGACGGCGAGACGCGGGAGGCGGCGGCCGCGCUCGUCGCCUACCCGGCGCUGAAGUUCCGCUACCUGGAGCAGACGACGUCAACGCUGGCCGCGCUCCUCAGCGGCGGGGACCACGUCCCUGGCGCACUCGUCGGCGUGUGCGACUGGUCCUUCAAAACCCUCGAGGACAACACCCUGGCGCAGUGCAUCCUCGCAGAGCUGACAGAGGUGGAUCCGAGGGACUACAAGAACCAGCAGGCGCAGGACUCGGCGGCAGUGCGUCACGUGGGGGAGUUCAUCGCUGAGCUGGCCGAACGCCAGCCGCGUGCCGUGGCCUCGCAGAUGGCCCUGCUGAUGCCCCAUCUAGGGGGCGAGGCGCACUCGAUCCGGUCCGGCAUCGUGUCCGCGAUGGGGUCGGUCAUUCACGGUGCGCUCACGAGCACGGUCGAGGACGCGUCCAGCGCGAGCUCGUCCCUGGUGCAGGCCAAGCUCCAGUCCAAGCAGCACCUCCUCGCGACGCUCAUGGAGCGGGUCCGUGACUCCAGCGCCUUCACCCGAGCGCGGGUGAUGCAGACCUGGGCCCUGCUGGCGGACAGGCAGGCCGUGCCGAUCUCCCACUGGAACGCCGUCGCGGAGCUGGUGGUCGGCCGGCUGGAGGACAAGUCGAGCUUGGUCCGCAAGGCGGCCCUCGGGACGCUGAUGACCAUGCUGCUCAUGAACCCCUUUGGGAAGACGUUGCCGCUCAGCAGCCUCGAGUCGUCGCUGGCCGACUUCAAGGCUCAGCUAGAGCGCGUGAGUCCCCAGCGCUCGGACGAGACCGCGGAUCCGGUCUGGGGCGAGUCGUCGCAGCGCGCACUCGACAGCGUUGGGGACGUGGACGAUGCGGCUGGAGGACCGCUGCCCGAGCAGUCCGAAGAAGCCAACCAGAAGGAUGACCACGGGGGAGUCAACGUCGAGCAACUGCGCGCACUCGUGGCCUCGCUCGACACAGCCGUCCAGUUCGUCCGCCUGGUGUCGUCCUCGAUGCCGGUCGUCACGCAGCUCCUGGCCUCGCCCUCCAACACCGACGUCAUUGAAGCGAUCACCUUCAUCGUCAUGGCCAAGUCCUUCGACGUUGACGGCGCGGCCAGCGCAGCUCGCAAGGUCUUGCCGCUCAUCUUCCACCGCGAACUCCCGGUGGCCGAGGCCGUCGCGGAAGCGGCGCAACGGAUGUACUUUGCGCAGCCACGUGCGCCGAACGCCGGCGGUGCUGAGACCGAGAUCCUCCCGCACCAGCAGACGGCGAUGAACCUGGUGAACGUCGUCUCUGCGGCCAACGUGGGCGAACUGUCGGCGCUGGAGACCGUGAUCUCCAAGCUGCUCGCGAGCGGUGAGCUGAGGGAGUCGAUCGUCCUGGCGCUGUGGGAUGUUGCGGAGCGUGGAAGUGACAAGGCUGCAGGCUCCGCCAUGGCACUGCUUGCCAUGGUCGCAGCUGCGAAACCUGAGAUGGUGGCUGAAAAGUUCGACAUCCUUCUCAAGAUCGGGUUUGACAGGCUCGGCAAUGCGCUGCUGAUGCGCCACGCGUGCACUGCGAUCUCGAACGUGGCACACCUACUGAAGAGGUCGGACGAGGCCGAUGGCGACCUGGAUGCCAUCGCAUCGGCUCGAGACUGUCUGCUUCGUGCGCUGCUUGCGUCGGACUUGUCGCUUUCUGGGUGGUUCUCGCUGGCCGAGACGGCGAUCAAGGCAAUCUUCGACACCCAGCCGAAACCAGACGUUGUGGCUCAGACGUUGCUGGAGGGCGUCGCGCGUCUGACGGUUCAGUCGCCUGAACACGACGUCGGCACAUCGUCCGCUGACCUUUCGAAGCUGUUCUACGUCGUCGGCCAGGCGGCCAACGAGGACAUUGCAGCACAACUUGGCACCAGCUCGUCAGCGAAGGAAGAUGCCGAGGUUGACGCCAUGAACCAGGUCGUCGAGUCGCAGUUGCUGUCCACUGCGAGCGUCGUCGGCCGCUUCGCCCCGCUCGUGGUGCAAGUGUGUGCCGACACGGCUGUCUUGGCCCGCAGCAAGCUCCUCAGGUCGUCAGCGCUGCUGGCGCUCACCAAGCUCAUGGCAGUCGACGGACGUUUCUGCGAGAGAAACCUGCCGCUGGUGUUCACCCUCCUGCAAAACCACUGCGUGGAACCGUCCAUCCGGCAGAACCUGGUCAUUGCGGUCGGUGACCUCGCGUACCGCUUCCCCAACGCUCUGGAGCCCUGGACGGAGCACAUUUACAAGCAGCUGACGGAUGCAGACCCUGCUGUCAGGAAGAACACCCUCAUGGUCUUGACGCACCUGAUUCUGAACGACAUGAUGAAGGUCAAGGGGCACGUGGCCAGGGUCGCCGUCCUCCUGGAGGACAGUGAGCCCAAUAUCCAAGCGCGCGCUCAGCUCUUCUUCACGGAGUUGUCGCACAAGUCCUUCCGGGGCUCUAACCCGAUAUACAAUAUGCUCCCGGAUGUGCUGUCUUCUUUGUCCAAGGAGCAGGCAAGCGGCAAUCUGGGCGCCGAGGGGUACAAGCGCAUCAUGGCCUUCCUCCUCACGUUCAUCAGCAAGGACAAGCACACGGAGGGCCUCGUCGACAAGCUCUGUCAGAGGUACUACCAAGAUGCCCUUGUCGACGAGGAGGUGGCAGCCGCGUUCCAGGCCAUCAUGCAAAAGGCGAAGAAGCAGGCGAAGGAUGCGGUCCGUCAGUCCCUCGAGGAACUCGAGCAGAAGAUGGUCACCCACGCCGAGGAGAGGGCCCAGCAGGAGGCGGCGGCGGCGGCUGCUGCCGAGCACAUGGCGCGCCUGACAGUGGACCAGACCAACGAGCAGGAGUAUGUCAAGCGAGGCGGGUGCGGGCUCACCACCUCCUGA